CGGCACGUGUGUGCUGCGUCAGAGAGGGUGAACCCCUCUGCAAUGACAAGGGGAAGAAGGCGGGAGGAGAGGGACUGGAGCCCUCAUCCUCAUCCUCUCCACACCUUACACACUCGUCUUCCUCUCGCGGACACACUGAGAGCUGUGCGUCUGGGAGCUUUGUGAGCGGGAGCGAGAGAGGGCAGCUGUGAGAGGCAGGGAGUGAGGGGAGUGAGAGAGUGUUUGGGGGAGUGUUUGCCACUCAGCUCUGGGCUCAACCCUCACGGCUCCGGCUCCAGCUCCAGCUCUAGCAGGCUCCACACUCCCUCCUGCCCCCUGGGUGAUGCUGUAGGCGGACGCGGUGUGGAGUGGAGUGGAGUGGUGUAGGCAUGUGCAGCCGGCGGGAGCAGCAGAAUGUGGACCCAUGCCUGGAUGGUAAGCUGAUGCCUGCGGUGCUAGUGGAGCAGGAGGAAGAUGAGGAAGAGGAAGGAACUGAUGACAGCAGCAGCAGCAAUGGCAGCAGCAACAGUGCGGGAGAGGCAGCCGGUGUGCCCACCUUUGACGUGCCGUACUUCAGAUACAUCGAUGAGGAAGAGGAUGGCGAAACGGAGGACGAGCACGAAGGGGAGGAAGAGGAGUGUAGCAGCAGCAGCUACAGCCGCUCCCUCUCCUCCCCGGAGGAUGACUUUGGUGACUCUUCCGUCUCGCGCAGGUACGGCUCCGCUUGGGGCGCUGCGACGCCUUACAGGGCGCUGGGGCACCUGCUCAACCACCUGAGGCUGGAGGCUGAUGGAAGCCACACGGGGAGCAGGGACUCAGACACCAUCCUGUAUGACUUCCUCCUUACGUAUUUGGUCUACAUGUCAACCAGUGAUCUAUGUCAAUCUCUCCUGGGACACUACUGUUCCAAGCGCAGCACAGCGUGUGAGGACAUGACUGACAUCCUGCUCAGAAAACGUAAGAUCCUGCUGAUUGUGUCCCAGUGGAACACUCUCUACAGAGACUUCCUCCGAGACAACGAGUACAUCACCCUUUUCCUGAAGAGUCUGUAUCGUUUUGUGCUGGACGACCUCUAUGACUACCCAUCUCUGGAGAAGGAGCUCAAAGACUUCCAGAGACUUCUCUCCAUACAGCACAGGCACACUGUGGAUAAGAGUUCACCUUAUCGAAAGAGCAAAGGAGUACACAAACAGAUCAGUGCCCAGGAGAACUGGCUUCAUCCCGGAACCAUGCCGAGAGAGGAGAGGGAAGUGCUGUACCGUUUGUAUGUCAGUGAGGACUCCUACAUCAGCGUUAAGGCUCAGAGCUCUGUCAGAGCACAGCACCUGCUGUCACUGGUGGCUGAUCGACUGGACUGCCUUCAGGAAGACAUGGUGCUAGCUGCUCUCACCUAUGCUGGAGAGAAGGCGCUGCUUCCGCCUCAAGACAGUGUUUUCUCAGAUUGUCUAUCGUCGGUCGAAAGACUGCAGGUCUACCGGAAAGACCUGACUCCGGUUAUGAGCCCUCUCACAGACGAUGCCCAACAACAGCAGGGGACAACGCAUCUGCUUGGCCUGAAUGCCUGGGAUGUGGCAAUCACCCUGACCAGCUUCGACUGGAGUCUCUUUGAGUGUGUACAUGAGCCGGAGCUAAUCUGCUUCACCUGCAGCCGUGAUGCCUAUGUGGGCCACACGGGGGCGCUGGAGAGGCUGCUGCAGCGCUGCAAUGAAGUGCAGCUGUGGGUGAUGACCCAAGUGCUGCUCUGCUCCUCGCUCUGCACGCGGGUGCAACUUUUGAAGAAGUUCAUCAAGAUUGCAGCUCAUUGUAAAGCUCAGAGGAAUAUGAACUCCUUCUUUGCCAUCAUUAUGGGCCUCAACACGGCUGCCAUUAGUCGCCUGAGCCAGACAUGGGAGAAAGUUCCAGGGAAAUUCAGGAAGCUGUUUUCGGAGUUGGAGACCCUGACAGACCCGUCCCUCAACCACAAGGCUUAUAGGACCACCUUCAAGAAGAUGAAGACUCCUAAGCUCCCCUUCCUGCCUCUGCUGCUUAAAGAUAUUACGUUCAUUCAUGAAGGCAACAAGACAUUUCUCGACAACCUGCUCAACUUUGACAAGUUGCACAUGAUAGCGGAGUCAGCACGCUUGAUCAAACACUGUCAGCUGGAUCCCAUGGGAGACAUGCUGAGGCCCAAGGACAACCCAGACAUGACCUGUGUCAAAUACCUGCACGUCAUCAGCAGUCAGGAGACCCUCUUUGACCUAUCUCACAGGCUGGAGCCGCGGCCAUAGUGUGUGUGUGUGUGUGUGCCGGUGUGGGCGAGCGAGAGUAGGGUGUGUGUGUGUACAUGAGUUUACUGAGAGAGAUCAAAUAUCUGCACACUACGCUGAGUGGCAGAAUGUUUUUCUAUAGGCCAUCUCUGCAUCUGACCUCUAUCAUUUGUGACAGGCAUUGGUUUUGUAUGUGCACUCUCUGUAGAUGACUAGUAUUGACUCGUGUCUGCCCCACGCUGGUCUUUGUGCAGUACUACAAACAAAGAACAUCAGUCCGAUGCAGCCAUGCAUGGAGCACCAUUCUCACAGCAGCAUAAAUACAUGGUAUAAAGCAUUGUGCGCACAUGGUUGACAAUGUGGUUUUUUCUGUGUGUUUUACAAAGUAAAUGAGAUUGGGUUCUUUGCUCCCCAGCAGCCGCUAACAUAUGUAGUGAAAUUUGCCAGUAUUAGUGAUGUACUGUCAGGCAGAAAGGCUUUCCAGUAGCCAUGGACAAUCCCGAAAGCUCCAGAUGAUGUGUUCUGUCUUUUCCUUAUCACUUCCUGUGCUUUUAUGAAGGCAAUAAUAGCAAUACACCAUAAACCCGGUGGUGAAGAAUGAAGAAUUCUAGCUUAGGUCUAGUAUUAAGAUGAGAAUAGUCUUGUCAUUUUACAUUAUAAUUCAGUGCAGUAACAUACAAAAUGGCUAGAACUGUUCUGAUAUUGUAUUUAUUAAUUUGCGUGAGUGUGGGAUGUCUGUGUGUGUGUGUGUGUG